UCUUAUUGUUGGGACCAUUUCUACAUCUUAGGACCAUCCUUCCAGAGCAAACAUGGGAGAUAGGUUGCGGAUGGCAGUGGGAGUCAUGGGGAAUGCUACUUCUGUGUUACUUUAUGCAGUUCCCAUAUUAACUUUUACAAGAAUCAUAAGGAAGAAAAGCACAGAGGAGUUUUCAUGUGUUCCUUACAUCAUUGCACUAGCAAACUGUCUCUUUUAUACUUGGUAUGGACUGCCAGUGGUAAGCCAUAAUUGGGAAAAUCUUCCUCUAGUUACCAUCAAUGGCCUGGGAAUUCUUCUCGAGUUCUCCUUCAUUUUCAUAUAUUUCUGGUUCGCUUCAGAUAGACGUCAGAAGAUGAAGGUGUUUGUGUCGGUGACAUGUGUUAUCAUAGGAUUCAGCAUCCCUGCGAUCAUCUCAGCUCUUGCUUUCCAUGAUCACCAUCAUCGAAAGGUGUUUAUUGGGAGUGUAGGGCUUCUGGUCUCUACAACAAUGUACGGUUCUCCACUGGUAGUGAUGAAGCAAGUAAUACUUACAAAGAGCGUGGAAUUCAUGCCGUUCUACUUAUCUUUUUUCUCAUUCCUUGCUAGUUCAUGUUGGAUGGCUUAUGGAGUACUGAGCCAUGAUCUGUUUCUUGCGGCCCCAAAUCUAGUUGGUUGUCCUUUAGGCAUCCUUCAACUCAUGCUCUACUGCAAGUAUAGGAAACGAGGAAUUAUAAAAGAACCAAGCAAAUGGGAUUUGGAAAAGAACGAUGAGAAGUCCAAACAGUUGCAGCUCAUGACUAAUGACGGCAUUAAUGGAAAAAAUUGAAGAAGUCAACUAAGAUCUGAUUAAGUUCCAUUUCAAUGUUGUGUCCCAUAGGAUGGGUCUUUAAAAAUUUUAGUUCAAGAUAGGUCAUGCAUCAAUGCAUGUAUAUGUACAUGCAUGCAUGUGUAUUUUGUCUUUUAUCUUAUGUAAUGAUCUGUACUAUUUAUUUUAAGAGGUUUG